AUGCCACCUAAGAUAUUCGGUGGCAAAGCUGGUGCCGAAGAAAACAAAGACCCUAAAGAGGAAAAGAAGGAUUCAAAAGGGGAACCCAGCAUUCCAACAAAUAAAUGGACUAAAGCAGUGAAAAAAGUAAAAACUUCGCGACGAGUUUCGAUAAGAAAACAGAGUGUUGUUGAGGAUGAUCCCUUCUUACAGAGAUUUAUCACCACAGAAAGGGCUGAAAUUGAUGACCAUCUUCAUGACUUUACAGAAAUAUUUACCACUGGGUUUUGGUUAAAACUGGUCAUCAACCCUGCCAAUCCUCCCUACUUCUGGUGGUCCUCUAUAGUCACUUGCUGUAUUUUGUACAACCUCAUCUUCGUAAUAAUGCGAGGAUGUUUCUGGGACAAACUGCAAGUUCCAGAAAUGGUAUUUUAUUGGUUCAUCCCAGACUACCUGUGUGACCUCAUAUUCAUCUUUGACAUGUACAUUAAAAGUAGAGUGGGUUUUUUGGAGCAAGGUCUAUUAUGCCGUGAUGUGCGGAAGCUUUCAAAGGUUUACCUGAAGUCAUGGAUGUUUGUUGUGGAUGUUUUAAGUAUUUUUCCAUUAGAUUUCUUUUACCUAGUCAUUGGUUUUAAUGCCUUUCUAAGAAUGAAUAGAUGUUUAAAAAUAUGGAGAAUGAGGGAAUUUUUCAACCUGGCAGAGACACACACUAAAUAUCCAAACUUGUUACGUGUAGCUAACCUCAUACUUAUCAUUGUCAUCAUUAUACACUGGAACUGUUGCCUGUAUUUCGCCAUCAGUCGGGCUAUGGGGUUUGGCAGUGAUAGCUGGGUGUACCCUGAUAUCAAUGAUGAAUUUUACUCCUCCUUUUGGAAGCAGUAUUUGUUCUGUUUUUACUGGUCCACCCUGACCCUCACCACCAUUGGGGACACUGCCUAUCCUGAGCAAACAAUAUCCUUCCUUUACUGUAUUACCUGCAGUUUGGUUGGUGUGCUGAUAUUUGCCACCAUCUUUGGUAAUGUUGGAGCAUUGAUCAAUGAGAUGGAUGCUGCUAGAAAUGAAUUUCAACACAAAGUGGAUGCAGUAAAGCGUUACAUGGAAAUCCGACAAGUGACUGGUCCCAUACAAGAGAGAGUUGUGAAAUGGUUCGACUAUACAUGGAACAACAAGGAAUCUGUAGACGACUCCAAAAACUUAGAAUACUUGCCUGAAAAACUACGUGCAGAAAUCUGUAUCCAUGUCCAUCUUAGAACUCUGCGAAAAGUAGAAAUUUUCAAAGACUGUGAACCAGGAGUUUUGGUGGAACUAGUGUUGAAACUGAAAAUGCAAGUGUUUAGUCCUGGUGAUUACAUCUGCAGAAAGGGUGAUAUAGGAAAAGAGAUGUACAUUAUAAAGAGAGGCAAGCUUCAGGUGUGUUCAGAGGAUGGCAAAACUGUAUUUGUAACCCUAGAAGAUGGAGCAGUGUUUGGUGAGAUCAGUGUCCUUAACAUUCCUGGAAAUAAAACUGGAAACAGGAGGACAGCCAGUGUGAGAAGUGUGGGCUACUCAGAUCUGUUUUGCUUGAGUAAGUCCGAUCUUCUGGAGGCCCUGCAGGAGUACCCUGAUGCCAGAAAGAGCCUAAGUGAGAAAGGAAAGAAGAUGUUGAGGAAGGAUAAACUGCUGGAUGAAGAGGCAGCAAGACGUGAGGAGAGGCGUCAACAGAACUUGGACAAGAAGAUCGAGCUGAUUGCUGAUGCCGUAGAUGAUCUACAGAAAGUUGUUAACAAACUGAUAGACAAAAUAUCUCCAGAUGAGGCAGCUGACAACUCGGAGGCCCCUGAUGAGGAACAACAACAGGAGAACAAAACUCCAGAGACUCCUAAACGGGGGAAGACUCCUGAACAGGGAAAACCUGCUGAAAAGGUAGAAAGAAAAACAUCUGCCAAAGAGGGUAGAGUGUCACCAAAGAAACAACCUUCCAAAGAUGGUAACAAUGAAAAGAACAAAGAAAUGGAAGAAAAACAGUGAUGUCAGAGAACAUAAGCAUAAUUAACUGCUCUCUUGUCAUCAGAAAUCCUUACCAUAUGGGAUAUAGUGAAAGCCUCAUAAUUGUGGUACAAAAUUUCACAUGGCAAUGGUGUACAUGUAGUUGAAGCUGAAUUGAAAUAAUUUAUACCCAUGUUAGGAGGUUUCUUGCCUACAUUUGAAGCUGAAUUGAAACAAUUUUUAGCUAAUUUGUUAGAGGAUUCAUUGUCCAGACACAUUUGCAAUUCAUUGAAAAUAUUGCAGUACCGUGAUCAUGAUUUUUAAUUAGUACAUGUAGUUUACUGAUUUUGUAUUUUGUGAUGCAAGUCUGUUGAGUAGCUAGCAUGUGAACGUGCAUGUCCAAAAUCUUCAAUCACAAUGUUGCCAUUUUGUUAGAGUAUUCACUAUUGGAAUUACAUACUUCAAAUUUCUGUAUUGAUUAUACAUGUAUUUAUAUUUUUUACAUGUGAACAUUUAUUAUGAUUAUAUCCUGGCUAUAAUACAUAAGUUAAUAUUUCAAAUAAACAGUUAAUCUUGAUUAAUAAAUUGGAAAUGAUUCCACAAAAAAUAGAAUUCCUUUUGGAAACCCAAGCUUACUGAGUGCAUUUCAAAGUAAUUUUGCAUAUAGAUGUACAUGUAGAUUCUUGAAAGUACACAUUCAAAAUCACUCAAUAACAAAGAAACAUUAUUACUUGUAAAAGCAAGUCUAAUAAAACUUUGACAUUAAUAUCAAAA